AUGGACUCCCUCCGCUCAGCCCUCCAGCCCAUAACACACAACCUGCCGGGCCCGAUCCGCGACCUCGGCGUCUCAGUGGUCGGCGAGCAAUGCUACAAGACGCUCCUGCUGGACCUCGACCUCGAAGCCACCGAGUGCAUCAAGCUCGCCAUCUCCAAGGGCCUCGGGAUCGGCAUCAUCGCCGCGUCGUCCAUCGUCAAGGUGCCGCAGAUUCUGAAGCUGGUCAAUUCGAAAUCCGCGUCUGGCGUCUCCUUCCUCUCCUACCUGCUCGAGACGUCCGCCUACCUCAUCUCGCUCGCGUACAAUGUCCGCCAGGGAUUCCCGUUCAGCACGUUUGGGGAGACGGGCUUGAUCAUGGUGCAGAAUGUGGUCAUCGCCGUGCUGGUGCUGAAUUACAGUGGGCGCGCCAGCACCGCCGCGCUGUUCGUGGCGGGAUUGGCAGCCGGUGCUGCCUCGCUGUUUUCAGACAGUAUCGUGGAUCUCAAGACUCUGAGCUAUCUGCAGGCUGGUGCCGGUGUUCUGGGGGUUGCCAGUAAGCUGCCACAGAUCGUGGCCAUCUGGCAGGAAGGUGGAACGGGACAGUUGAGUGCUUUUGCCGUCUUCAACUACCUUGUUGGCUCGCUCUCCCGAAUCUUCACAACGUUGCAGGAGGUGGACGACAAGCUGAUCCUCUACGGCUUUAUCUCCGGCUUCGUGCUGAAUGCGAUUUUGGCCUUGCAGAUGGUGUACUACUGGAACGCGCCCACGGCGAAGGCAAAGGGGAAGCAAAAGGAGAAGACUCCGGUGGCGACGACAUCUUCUGCCAAAACUACCGGGACAUCAAAGGGGAAGAGCCCAACGACCCGAAGACGGGGGUAA